CCACAGUGCGGAACCAAGCGGCCAGCACCUUCAGUGCAUGAUGGCUCUCCCGCGGGCGCCGACGCCGUCACACCGGCCAAGUCAGUCGAUACGCCCUCGACGGCUCUGCAUGGUGCCGGUCUGAGUUUCAUGAGCUCCCUGUUUACCGACCCGGACUGGAGAAGCAGGCACUCAGACCUGCUCCAGUCUCUGACAAGUGCCUCGCAGGCCGCUGCUGCGAGCCCGAGCGUCGGGCCAUGCCCUCUGCCAGCCUCCGGCACCGAGGCCAGGGCAUAUUUUGACAGCUAUAUCCGCGAGGACCAUGCCCAAAAGCCCAUCCUCUCCCGUGCCGAGAUCGAGACCCUAUUCAACCAAAUCUACGACAACUCCAAAAAUGCGCCGCGUCAAGGGCUUCCACGACAAACCCUUUACCGCGCCUGCAUGAUCAUGGCCCUCGGUGCCGUCAAGCCGUUUCGUCACAACGCCUGCAAGCAUCAUCCGUUUGGGUUCUAUUUGACCGCCAUGGAAUACCUGGAUCCCACCUUCCUAUCAAGCAAUCUCUCUGCUAUCCAGAACCUUCUGCUCAUUGUACGAUUUGGGAUUUACUUUCACAUAGGCGCAUCCAUCUGGGAGAUUGUACGGAUGUGUAUGAGAAUGUGCGUGGAGCAGGGACUUCAUAAGAAGUCGCCUCAUGGUGAAUUCUCACCCAUGGAGGAGCAGAUGCGCCGUAGGGUGUUUUGGUGUGUCUACCUGAUGGACCGCUACAGCUCAAGUACCCUGAGUCGGCCUUUCGCCAUUUCCGACCACGACAUCGAUGUGCCCUCGGUUGUCGAUGCGGAUGAUGCCGAAAUCAUUGCCGCCACGCAGAGCCAGCCUGGCAAGCCGCUUGACGAGUUGGAUAUUGGACGGCACAGGCUGCACAACUCGGCGCCCAGCGAAGCAAGUGUGCUUCUGUUGACAGUCCGCCUGCGGCAGAUAUCAUCCGACGUCAACACAAUGUUCUCAAGCCUGCUAAGGCGGAAGGUCUCAGACCCAGACAGCUACAGCGCGCUCACGGCCACUGGCAGAAUCUGCGAGAUCAUGGACGCCAUUGUGUUGAGGCUAGAGGCAUGGCGGAGCACUGCCCCCGUCUUCGAACAUCCGCGCAGUCAGUAUGAGCGUUCAGAGUGGUAUGAUUUGCUCAAGACCCGCGAGAUCUUCAACAUCAUGCGCGGUGCCGUUGAUGCCAGCCCGAAGCGCGACGGCGUGCCCCCUCGGCAUGUGCUUGUGCAGUGCCUGGAGUGGGCCAUGCGUACCAUUGAACUGUACUCUGAUCUGUUUGAAAGGUCCAUCGUGACGAACACGCGGAGCUACUUCCAGCUGAUGAUCAAUGCUGGAUUCUCAAUCCUCUACUUUGCAUCGGUGUCUACGCCGGCCAUGCUCACCCCCGAUGUCGCCGCUCGCUGCCGCGACAUUCUGAGCCGUUGCGGCAAGACUCUGAUGCAGAUGACGGUGGACCUGGCCAACUCGCGGCAUUACGUGGCCGUCUUUGAGGCGCUGCAUCACCACCUAUCACACAAGCUACGGAUCGUGCAGUCGCGGAGGCCGUCGCCUCCCGGCUCGAGAGGCGGCCCAAACGGCGGCCACCUGGCACACGGCCACUUUGCUGCCCCCGCCGACAAUGCGCACGUGCAAUUUCCGAGAGCUGGCGGCUCGGAUCACUCUGCAAACGGCCCGCAGGCCUUCUACGCCUCAGACAAGGAUGGCAAUGAAGUCGUGCCGAGUCUCGGCCACUACCCAAACGUCGAACAGGCGACAGGCUCACAAAAUGGGGCUGGUCCGUAUGGUGGCUUUGUUCCUGGGCUCGACAAUCACCUGGCCUGGACGAACGGGCGCUACCUGCCACUCCAGGAUCAAUAUCAGCAGCAACCGCUUGCGGUGGCACCGCGAGCCGCGGAUGAGGCCGGCGCGGCGUAUCAGCUAGACGAUACGAGCGAGCUGCUCAACUGGGACUUUCUACACGACGAGGUCCUGUGGAACAUGGGCAACUACGUGUAUGGUGGUGCUAACGAGGCAUUUGGGUCAUUCGAUGGGAUCCCCAUGCCCCCUUGACUGGGAGUUUUGGUUGAGCUCGUGCCAAUGUUCAAUAACUGUCUCUUCCUGCUCACCCAUCUCUACGCGUGU